AUGGAAAAGCUGGAAAUAUACUUCGAUGCCUAUGAUAUUGCGGAUCAGAGAAAAAUGCGUGCCAAACUAUUGCACUUUGGCGGAAAACAGCUUCAACGAGUCUACGAGAACCUACCAGACGUCGAUAAGUUGCCGAUUGUUUCAAUCAAAGCAAACUGGUACGACGUGGCGGUGUCCAAAUUGGAUGAAUAUUUCGAGCCAGGAAGACAGUACAUUCUGGAACGGAGUCGGUUGAGAAAAAUUCGCCAGGAGAAGAACGAAAGAUUUACCCAUUUCGUGCUCCGCAUAAGACAACAGCUGGCAGAUUGUGGUUUGGAGAAAUAUUCUCCGGAAGCGCGUGAAGUACUGACCGAGAUUUUCAUGAUAUACAUUAUUGUGGAAGGUUGUAUAUCGGAAGAGCUACGACGCCGUAUCCUGCAGAGAGAUGCUACGUUGGCAGAGGUUGAAGCUAUGGGUGCUAUGAUGGAAGGAGUGGAACAACAAAUGAGCGAUUUGACGUCCAUCAAUGUCAAAGAACCAGCACAGGAAAAAGUGUUCCGAGUGGAAUCUCAUCGGGAUAAGUACAGAUCAGUCGUCGGACGUAAUCGAAAGUUUCAAAACAGCCGAGAGAUCACGUGUUUUAAUUGCGGGACGCAAGGACACAUAGCGUCUUCUACGGAAUGCAAGGCGAGGGAUCAACCAUGUCGCCGCUGCAAGAAAACAGGGCAUUUUGAAGCUGUAUGCAGGAUGCCGAGCAAGAAACGCUUUACGAAAAGCUUCACACCUAAGGGAACGAAGAAAGUGCGGUUAGUAGAAAGGUGUUACCAAGAGCCCACCAACGAUGACUCAUCGGCAGACGGCACAGCGACCAAAGUGGAAGAGCCGAAAUCUUACUAUUGCUUCCAUUUCGGAAAUGACACAAACGUCAUUGAAUGUAAGGUCGGUGGUGUUCUGUUGGAGUUGUUGGUGGAUGCUGGAUCCGAUGUAAAUUUGAUUCACGCUACAGCAUGGGAAAAGCUAAAACAACAGAGAAUCAACGUUUACGAGAUGCGGAAAGGAUGUCAGGAAGUAAUAAAAGGAUAUGGAAGCAACGUAGCUUUGAAUGUGUUGGGGUCAUUCCGCACCGAGAUCAAGGUAGGAAACAGGACAGAAUUGGCAAAGUUCUUUGUCGUACAGGAAGGGCAGCGGUGCAUUAUGGGUGACGCGACUGCGAAAGCCCUCGGAGUCCUGAGAAUUGGCAUUGAAAUUAAUAAGCUGGAAAAGAGGAGCACCCCAUUCGGAAAGAUUAAGGAUGUUCAAGUGCAGAUCCAUAUGGAUCCUGCAUUCAAACCGGUAUUCCAACCGGUCAGACGCAUACCGCUUCCAUACGAGACGGCAGUGAAGGAUAAAUUGGAUCAGUUAUUGGCACAAGAUAUCAUAGAGGUCAAAACGGGACCUACCAGCUGGGUAUCGCCGUUGGUUGUUGUGGGUAAAGCGAAUGGUGAGCCCCGUGUAUGCUUGGAUUUGAGGCGCGUGAACGAAGCAGUACUGCGAGAGCGGCAUCCCAUGCCGGUCGUUGAUGAGUUACUCGCGCGUAUUGGGAAGGGCAAAUUCCGUAGUAAACUCGACAUCCGCGACGCUUUCUUACAAACAGAAUUGGCUCCAGAAUCGCGUGACGUCACAACUUUCAUUACUAGUCGCGGACUUUUUCGAUUCAAGCGGCUGCCAUUUGGCUUAGUAUCUGCACCGGAAAUCUUCCAAAAAGUAAUGGAAGAGAUAUUGGCCGGAUGCGACGGUACGGUUUGCUACUUGGACGAUAUUUACAUAGAAGGUGAUGAUUUGAAGCAACACAACCUACGUUUGGACAAUGUUUAUGAACGUUUGCACGAAAGGGGCGUGAUACUAAAUAACGAAAAAUGUAUUAUUGGGGUGUCUGAGCUUCAAUUCAUCGGGCACGUAAUUUCGGACAAAGGGAUUCGUCCUUAUCCCUCUAAAGUUGAUGCACUCGUAUCAUUCAGAAGGCCGGAGAAUGCUUCCGAAGUGAAAAGCUUUUUAAGUCUGGCGAAUUACAUGCAUAAAUUCAUCAAUAAUUUGGCUACUUUAGAUGAACCACUCAGAAGACUGACUGAAAGAGAUACUCAAUUUGAAUGGUCAACUGAACAUCAAACAUCGUUUGAGGGAAUCAAAAAUCCACUGUCGAAUGAAGCGAGCUUGGGGCAUUUCAAUACAGAUCAUUCUACUUCUGUAAUAGUGGAUGCGAGCCCCACUGCACUGGGAGCUGUACUAGUCCAGACAAACGAGACUGGAGUACAUCGGGUUAUAUGUUAUGCUUCUAAAUCGCUUACCAGGACCGAGAAACGGUACUGCCAAACAGAGAAGGAAGCGUUGGCUGCCGUUUGGGGGGUCGAACGAUUCCAAAUGUAUCUUUUUGGCAAAAGAUUCGACCUCGUGACAGACUGUAAAGCCCUUCAAUAUCUUUUCACGUCACGUUCAAAAGCUUGUGCCAGGAUAGAAAGAUGGGUGUUGCGUUUACAAGCUUUCGACUAUUCCCUUAAGCACAUAGCAGGCGAAAAGAAUGUUGCAGAUGUCCUUUCACGACUAUCAACAUUGGAGCCCGAGCCUUUUGAUUACUCUGAGGAGCUGUUUGUGAACGAAGUAGCAACAGUUGCGGCAAUAAAUGCUGCCGUGAGAUGGGAAGAAAUCGAGACUGUAUCCAAACAGGACGAAGAGAUACAGCAGCUUUUGAAUAAGAUUGCGUGCGAUCGUCUAUUUGAGCUUCCAACAGAAUACCGCGUAAUUGCACAAGAGCUUUGCCAGGUCGGCAACGUCUUGAUGCGAGGGGAUCGUAUUGUUGUCCCCAAAUCUCUGAGGGACAAGGUACUGUCCCUAGCCCACGAGGGUCAUCCUGGCGUCCGUAUGAUGAAAAAUCAUUUACGUGUAGCAGUUUGGUGGCCCAGGAUGGAUAAAGAUGUUGAGGUUUAUGUUAAGAAAUGUAGAGGAUGUAUGCUCGUGUCUGCGCCAGACGCCCCAGAGCCAAUGAGUCGACGGGAUUUGCCAUCGGGUCCAUGGCAAGACAUAGCUAUAGAUUUUCUGGGCCCUCUACCGGAAGGUCAAUACCUGUUGGUAGUUGUAGACUACUACAGCAGGUAUUUUGAAGUGUGUGAGAUGACUAAAAUUACAGCAGAAUGCACCAUUGACGAGCUCCGUACAAUAUUUUGUCGUUUUGGUGUCCCUGUUACUCUCACCGCAGAUAAUGCUCCACAGUUGAGUAAGAAUUGUGAACAGUUCUUCGAAUUCUGUCGAGACUACGGCAUCAAGCUCAUCAACACGGUUCCGUAUUGGCCUCAAAUGAACGGAGAGGUGGAGCGCCAAAACAGAACAAUUCUCAAGCGGCUGCAAAUUUCGCAGGAACUUGGACAGGACUGGCGAUUGGAACUUCGGAAAUUUCUUCUUACGUAUCGUGCUUCGGUUCACUCCACCACCGGCAAGUCCCCAGCCGAACUGAUGUUUGGACGGAAAAUCCGCACAAAACUUCCACAUUUGACAGAUUCUUGGGAAAAUGACGAGGAUACAAGAGAUCAGGACUCAAUUCGAAACGAGAAAGGUAGGGAGUACAGCGAUGCCACAAGACGUGCAACGGUAAAGGAUAUUGUCGUUGGUGAUACUGUACUUCUCAAACGAAUGAUAAGGGACAACAAAUUGAGUACAGCAUUCAUGAAUGAGGAAUUCGUGGUCAUUAGGAAGCAGGGAGCGGAUGUGAUAAUUAAAUCUCUGUCGAAUGGCAAAGAGUACAGAAGAAACACGGCUCACAUCAAGAAGAUAGGAAAACCAGAGCCAGCAACUUCAAAUGUCAGUAAUGCAGGAGAAGAAAGAUACAAACGUCAAAACGAUCCGGUCCCGGGUUCCUCUAAUGAGAUACCUGCAGAAACCUUCAAAGCACCAUCGCCAGCUCCACCAGAGAAGCGGAAACGAAAGGAGCCAUAUUGGUUCGAUAAUUACAUGACACAUUACAUUAAGAAGUUUCAAGGGGGAUGUAGGGAGUGA